AUGUUAUUUAGCAUUUAAUAUUUCCAAACUCCAUGCAUUUAGCAUUUAAUAUUUCUUUGCAAAAUUAUUAUAUCUUGGACCUGUUUUCUUUUUAAUAUGUUAAUUUUAUGUGGCUUCCUGAUCCAAUGUGGGUACCAUCUGCAAUUAUAUAUUAUAUUUAAGUCAUAGUUUGCCUUAGAAAUAACUAUGUAUCUUUAUCCUUAUUUUAAUGACUUUUGUUUCAGGGCAAUUUGAAGGAAUGCUACUAUUAAUCUAGGUAGUAUUGAACUCUGGUUGAUACUAUUCACAUUUUAAUGUUUGAAGUAAGGUGUUUGUGUAGUGAAGUAGAAUUUUGUAGAGCAUCUAUUUUUAAUAAUUUGGAACUCGAAGUAUGUAUGAGUUUUACUAUAUGAGUUGAGAAAAUAAAAAAUGAAGUCUUGUGGAGAUAAGUGCAGAUGAUGUUAAUUGGAGCAAAAGCUGGAAGCAAUUUUCAGAACAUCUCCAGCAGGGGGCCUCAGCAGUCAGCAGUGGGGUACCAGCGGUAAAUUCAAAUCAAUCUUUCUCCCCAAGUCCCCCACUAUCAAGUGUGUGGACACAUACCUAAGUGUAGAUCUGUAGUAUCAGAGCAGUACUAGGUGAACUACUUAAUUUGUAAUGAAAGUAUUUCAAGGAAAGCACGAGGAUUUGAACUUCUUGAUAACUAGCAGUUAAUGACAAUGCAAAGAAAGCUAUCUGGAUAUCUAUCUGUUAUCUGCGUGAGAGGGCUGCGAGGAAAUUUAUUUUUUUUAAAUGUUUAUUUAUUUAUUUAUUUAUUUAUUUAUUUAUUUAUUUAGGGUCAGGGGGAGGAGCGGAGAGAGAGGGAGAGAGAAAGAGAAUCCCAACAGCUCCUUGCUGUCACCAUGCCAGGAAGGGGCUCCAUCUCAUAAAAUGUGAGAUCAUGGCCUGAGCCGAAAUCAAGAGUUGGACUUCAACACUUAACCAACUGAGCCAACCAGUCAAGAGGAAGGCACUCUCAAAGCUCAUGAUUGCGUCUUAAUUUACAAAUCAGAGACAGAGGGAGAUGAAAACCACACUCCAGACAGUAACUUAAUCGGUCUCACCACCAAGAUGUUAAAAGUGAAGAGGCUGGAAGAAAUCAACACAUGUUAUAACAGUAACACACUGGAGAAAAUGGCCUUUUUCCACUGCAUGGAAAAGGUUGAGAAAGUGAAAUGUUUUCUGGAAGAAAGUUCUAGUGAACAGGAUUCAAGAUCUGGAAAGAAUGAGGGUAAGGAGAAGGCCCAGUCACACCCUGGGCUGAAGGAAACGGCACCUAUCAAAGGCAAAAGGACAUUGGCCCUCACAGAGAGAUCUUCCCAGAAGAACCAGCUCUCCUCUGAGAAGGAAAAGGUUAAUAAACUCAACAAGAAAAAUUCUGAGAAGACCAAUGCCUCUCUAGCUCAGAGAAGUUUUGUCACAUUUCAUACAGAAAGACCUCAAGACGAGGUAGAAGAUUUUGCCCUAAGAAAUUCCAUAGAGUCAAGAGAAAAUAUAGACACAAGAGACAUUUCAAGCACAGAGAGACUGAACAGACAAGAAAAGAUUAGUGCUGGAGAUGAUAAACAAGCCUCUGUGGAUAAAAAUGAACUUCCAGUGUUCAAAGGAGAGAAAAAUGGGCUUCGUUCUAAGGAAGACACUAGUGAAAGAGAAGUUGAGAAAAAAGGAGGACCAGCAAUUGCAAAUGAAACAGUGUUGGACAAGUGUUCAAAUAAAAAGCAGUAUGUUGAUAAAACUAAUGGUGAUCAAUUCUAUGAAAGGUGUAUCAGCAAUGUAAAAGCCAUUUUUACAUCACGAAUCCCGGAAAAUUCAGCAAUAGCACCCAUUUUCCAGAAUGCUGAGCAAGCGAAGCAUAUUGGCAGCAGCAAGCGGCGGGUGACGGAGGAGUGCUUCAUCAAAGAGGACAACAAAAAGAGCAGAAUAGAUGUAGCGAGUACAGGUGAAGGACAUGCAUUUAGGACACAGGAAACCAGACAAGCCCAGGGGAGCUUACAAGGCAACCCCCUGGAAUCUGCUGGAAUUAAGACCUCCAGACAGCAAGAUCUGGUGACCCCAUUGGAUGAUGUCCCAGCUCCUCCUGCCCCCUUCAAUCACCGUAUCGUGACAGCCAAGCAAGCAGCAGUCAACAGUUUUUACACUGUGAGCAGAACUGAAAUUUUAGGAGGGGGGCGCUUUGGCCAGGUACACAAGUGUGAAGAGAAAGCAACAGGUCUGAAGCUGGCAGCUAAGAUCAUCAAGACCAGAGGCACAAAGGAUAAGGAUGAAGUAAAGAACGAGAUCAACAUCAUGAACCAGCUGGAUCAUGUGAACCUCAUUCAGCUCUAUGAUGCCUUUGAGUCUAAGAAUGACAUUGUGCUGGUCAUGGAGUACGUGGAUGGAGGGGAGCUGUUUGAUCGCAUCAUCAAUGACAACUACAAUCUGACCGAGUUUGACACCAUCCUGUUCAUCAAGCAAAUAUGUGAGGGCAUAAGACACAUGCAUCAGAUGUACAUUCUCCAUUUGGAUCUGAAGCCUGAGAAUAUCCUGUGUGUGAAUCGGGAUGCUAAACAAAUAAAAAUUAUUGAUUUUGGAUUGGCCAGAAGAUACAAACCCAGAGAGAAGCUGAAGGUGAAUUUUGGAACCCCAGAAUUUCUUGCUCCUGAAGUUGUGAACUAUGAUUCUGUUUCCUUUCCUACUGACAUGUGGAGUGUGGGCGUCAUUGCCUAUAUGCUACUGAGUGGAUUGUCCCCCUUCCUGGGUGACAAUGAUGCUGAGACCCUGAACAACAUCCUGGCCUGCAGGUGGGACUUACAGGAUGAAAAAUUUCAGGACAUCUCAGAGGAAGCCAGAGAGUUUAUCUCCAAGCUUCUGAUUAAGGAGAAGAGUUGGAGAAUAAGUGCAAGUGAAGCUCUCAAGCACCCCUGGCUGUCAGACCACAAGCUCCACUCCAGACUCAUUUCACAGGUAACCAAGAAGAAGAAGAAUUGCUGCUCUAAUGCGAAGGACCUUGUGACCAAAUAGUCCAUGGAAGGUGCCCAUUUGAAAGGAAAACUGCUGCGGUUGCUGCUGCUUUGAGAAGAUUUUUGGAAAAAUCAGCAGUUCUGAUGCCUUGACCCCUGUGAUGACGGGUGGCCCUGGGGGGGCGGUGGAGCCGCUGCACUUGAACUCUGAGCGCCCAGUUAAGGGGGACACCUAGUCCUGUGGUCCAGGGGGUGCAGACAAGCCCUGCAUCCCUUUCCUCAACUCCCCAGACCCCAUGGUAGUGCACAAUGGGAAAGAUGCUUCCCUGCCAUCUUGAGUUUUCAAUUUUUAAUUUUUGAUUUUAGACACUGGGGCAGGGGGUACAUUAUUUCUUCUCUUUCUCAGCUUAUUAGAGCAAUCAUACCGGACAUUUAUUUGAGACAUUUAAAUCUGGAGGAUACAUUUAGAGGGAGAAAACUGCUUCUAGUCCUUAAACUAUGCCUUUCAAAGGGGGCCAUCAUAUCGCCAGAAAAAAAUUCUGUCUUUUACACCCUUGAGCAUUUAGUUCUCAGACUCUAUUAUUUUUAUUUGGUCUGAAAUCAGGUGAAUCCAACUGAUAAAUAAUUUACUUUCUGGAACACAAACUGUUUUUGAAUCCCGAGGCAAGAGGCAUCAGACGUUAUAUCUUCCAUAUAUCCUGAACUUUCUCCAAGUUCAUCAGUUUCUUCUGAGUAGCUGAUUCUACUUUCAAAUGCGUGACGUGCAUUUCACAAGACACUCCCUGCUGUCUUCUGAUUGUACAUUUGCUUGCAUGAAAUGCUCUGGUUUUCACAGGUGGAGCAAGAGGUAUCUGUUUAUGGUUAGUCUUUGGAAUUACAACCUUUGGAAAAAUGUUGAUAGUCACAAGAACUUUCCUCAUGCUGCCAUUACCAAUGAGACAUGGGCCGUGUGCAUGCCAAGGAAGGACAGUGCUUUGCUUCCAGUGUUGCAAUGACUUGGGAAAUAGCACUCAGGCUUCUGGGUAAAUUCCAGCAUUUCUGAAGACCGGUAAUCUCACCUACGUGGAGUCUCACAUGGCUUAGUGGUUGUGAAGAAAGAACAUCCAGAAAUCAACGGUGAGGGGAACACUGCUGCUCAGUCUUUGGAUAUGAGAAUAACUUCCAGUUGGAAGCUUCUUCUUGCUCCGGAGCUCAUGUGGCAUUUCAUUACAGAUAUUUAAUAAUGGACAUGAGCCUGACUGUAUACAGCACAGAAGGGCAUCGGGCCUCUCAAGGGUGAAACAUGUGCAUCAUUUCUUUACGAAGAGGAGGCCACACAAAGCCACACUAAAUUCCUAUUACACAUCCAUCAUCAAGCUCACUAUUCAGCCUCUUAAGUUUUCCUCAUAUUUCCCAUUUCCAAAUAACUCCUGUGUUGAGAUCAGCUAUAAUAAUGUCUUUAUUUUUAGCUGUAAAUCAUUCUAGGCUCUGGUAGUCACAAUAGCAGUGACAUGAAAUAAGAAUGACUUGAUGGCCAUGUUAGUGAGGGCAGUUUUAACUGGCAUUGACUUUUCUCCAUUAUUGCUCAUAUGCACCUAGUGGAUGCUUAUAGCAUGCCCACGAAUAACUAAAUGUGCAAUGUUCUUAUUCUCAUGUGUAAGGUAAAAGGGAAGUAGAGACAGAAGAAAAUGUGUAAUUUAGUUAGGACCAUAUGCCAAUUUAGUGGUCAUGCUAGCUAUAAAACUGACUCCUUUCUAGCUUUGCUCUUACAUUAUGAUGCAUUUCUUUUUUCCUUUGGCCUAUGCAUUUAUCCAAGGUUGGUUUUCUCCUGUUCCUGUUAUGUGACUGUGCUUAAAAUGGUUAAUUUGGUUUCCUUAAAAAAACAAACAAACAAACACGUACACACACACACACACACACACAAACACAACAAAGCCUUGUGACUGAAGUGUUAUAUUACUGUGCUAUCUUUAGCUGAUGGUAUUCAUUGAGGCUGGAAAAAUACAAGUCCGUGCAUGCAUUAAUACUCAGACCACAGAGAGCUGGCAUUCACUCAAAUGCUAAAUAAGACGCAAGGGUCUGAUUUGAAACCCCUCAUGGAAGGGCGUUUUCUGUCCUGUGGUGUGGAAUCUCUACCAGAUAGAGCAGGAGAUCUUUUGCAUCCAACUCUCAUCCUGACUCACGCUGGCAGAGAAGCUUUCACCAGACCCCAACACACGUGGGACAGGCAGCUUAGGCCAAAUGAAGGAACGAUUUCUUUGACAAAUCAAUCC